GCUGCUUGGCAUCCCUGCGAGAAAAUGACAUUUCAUUUACAAUUCGUGCAAUGCAAGUGAACUAUUUCAGUAUUUAUCAUUGGAGCAAUAAAUUAAAGAACUGAAGCAUGUCGUACACUUUGAAUCAACUUUCGGGAAAUGCCAUUGCAACUAUGCAUCCCUUAAUGGGAACAAUAGCAAAUGCUAGUGGUUUCAUUACUCAACCCAUCAGCGGUAAUUCAAGUGCUGCCUCAAUGAUUGGUAAUACUUCUGUAGAAUUUUGUCGCAAACAAAGUCAAUUGCAAUCAGGAGUAGCUCCAAUGGAUCUAGAAUCCGCUUCUGAACGUGAUUCUGGUAGAGAAGGCGCAUCAAGUGAAAUAAAAGAAAGAGUAGUUCAAAAAGCAAACCAGUUAGGAGUAGAUGGGAGUGGUCAAAUUUUGUUCAAUCAAUUGAUUCCACAACCUCAAGGAUUUAUGAUGAUGACUCCGGGGAUGGUUAAUAUGAUGGAUGGAUCAUCGCUUAUAGGAAUGCAAACUUUUCCAGUGAUGGCGCAGCAGAUUAAUCCUGGGGUGGAUAUGACUUCGCAAGCGAUGAAUUUAGUUAGGUCAGAAGACGGUGGCAAAGAAUUGAUAUACUGCAAAUCUUGUACACUAUUUCCACCCAGCCCUAACUCUCCUGGUCCAAAAACAAUUGACCGUCCCCCUGGGUGCCGAACCGUGUUUGUAGGUGGCCUUCCCAAUUCGAUAACCGAAGAAAUUAUACGAGAAAUUUUUGAAAGGUGUGGAGAAAUUACCACAUUGCGAUUUUCUAAGAAAAAUUUCUGUCAUAUUCGAUAUGUGUAUGAAGCUUCGGUUGAUUCUGCCAUUUAUUUAUCCGGCUAUCGUGUCAAGUUGAACAGUGGAGGAUUCAACUUCACUACACCAGAACCGAAAGAUCCCGCUACAUAUGGUACUUUACACGUAGACUACGCACACGCCCGCGAUGAUCAGUAUGACUAUGAAUGCCGGCAACGUAAACUGCAAAGAGAAAGGCGACAUCGCGAGAGGGUCGAAGAUGAUCGCGUUCGACCAUCAUCUCCGCAACCAGUAAUUCACUACACUGAUCAUGAAGCUACAUCAAUAUCAGAAAAAUUAAAGACCGACGAAAGCUUCGCGAAAGCCGUCCAAACUCUUAUCACAUGGCUAGAGCGGGGUGAUUGUAACAAAAAGAAUGCUAAUAACUUCUAUACGAUGAUACAGAGUACUAAUUCGCAUGUUCGACGUCUAUUGUCCGAGAAAACAAUAAACGACGAAGAACUGUUCCGUGCCAGGGAACACUACAGGAAACAGAUGCAGAGCAUGAUGGUGCAAUUCAAUCAGAUUGAAAAAGUGUUCAAUGCGGCCAGUCACAAGAAGGUUUGGGAUCAUUUUUCUAAAGCCCAGAGAAAGAACAUCGACGUCUGGAAAAAACAAUCACUGGAAAUCCGCAGUGUUCAACUGGAAGAUGUUGGAGAUGAAAUGGAUCUCUCCGAAGAUGAUGGAUCCACACCAAAAAAGUCCCGUUGGGAUGUUCGGCAGGAACAUUUGGAUACUACUUCCGAUGCCGAGACUCAAUCGAUUAGAUCAGAGCUCGAAGUUAAAACUAUGCAAAUUCAAGUUUUACAAGAAACAAUUCGUAAUCUGCAGACGCAACUGCUAGAUAACAAAUACAAGGAAAUGGAGCGCCAAAACAAAAUUUCCGAUUUAGAGGAAAAACUAAAGGAUGCGAAUGUCAAACAGCUUUUAUUGAAAACAAAAAUAGCCACCAAUCACUCAAAAAUGUCGCAUUGCACAACAAACAACUCUUCUACGAAAGGGGAUUCCGAAGUAGAUGAGCCUGAAGUAUUAGAGUUGGAUUUAAAACCUGCGUUACUAGCUGUUGUUACUACUCCAGUUACUGCUUCUACUGCUGGUGUUCCGACACCAGUAGUUUCUCUGACACCCGUUGAAACUCCUCCGCUGGCAGUGAUUGAUCCAACUGAAGCUAGAGUCAUUACGUUAGUAUCAACAUUUUUGGUGGUACAUCCUCAUGGCGCCAGCAUUGACUACAUCUGGUCAUACGUCAAUCGAUACGUGCCGGAACUGAAGGUGAAACUUCUCGAAGAAUUAUUGCAGCGGUACGGAAAUCUGUUUCGGGAAGAAGUCAGUGGGAUCGGGGCUAAAAUUGAAAGAAAUUGGAAAUUUGUUGGCUACGAAUGCAAUGGCGAGAAAUCGUGA